AUGAUCAAACAUUUAUUACUAUAAACAUUGUGUAACUAAAUAUAGUAUAUACGAUUUGAAGAAACUCGUUGUGAAGUGUAGGUAUGAACCGCUAUCUAUUAAGUGGCUUCGUUAAUGGCAGAUGUAAUUCAGUGGCUAAUCAAACGUUGCUCGAACUCGGCGGCUAACAGAAGAUGUGUCCGAAGGUAGAAAAAAUUUCGGACCAGACGCUUCUACUAGGUGAAGGUCCGCACUGGGACAUUCGCACACAGGCGUUGUACUUCGUCAGUAUACUGGAGAACACUAUACACAAAUAUGAUGCGGCUACUGGGACACAUACUAGCACAAAAGUGGAGGGUCGUCCUGGCUUCAUAGUGCCUCUAGAAGGGCAUUUAGACCAGUUCGUGGUGGGCUUGGAGCGUGAAUUCGUGGUGGUAGAAUGGGACGGGGCAAACGCCGCGAGGGUGGUACGGCUGCUAGGAGAAGUAGACCGGAAUGUGGGGAACAGGAGGAUAAACGAUGGGAAGGCGGACCCUAGAGGAAGACUGUAUGCAGGCACGAUGGACGCAGCAACAAACAUAGAUAAGAUAGAAGCUCACAAAGGCACUCUGUACCGACUGGAUGAAAGCGGCAUCACAGCUCUAUUCGAUAGGAUUACUAUUUCUAACGGCCUUGCGUGGGAUGUGGGUGCCAAAGCAAUGUAUUACAUUGUUAGCGUGGAGUGUAAUAUAAGAAGAUAUGAUUAUGAUGCCGACACUGGGGAUAUCUCAAACCCAAAACACAUCUUCGACCUUAAACAGCACGACGUCGUAGGCCUCCCGGACGGGUGCACUAUAGACACAGACGGCAAUCUCUGGGUAGCCAUAUUUGGAGGCGGCUGUGUCAUACAAGUCUCACCCGAAGGAAAGUUGCUGAGAGCAGUACCUGUGCCAGCAAGGCAGGUAUGUAAUUGUAGCCUAAGGACGGACGGGUGUACCAUAGAAACAGACGGCAAUUUCUGGGUAGCCGUGUUUGGAGGCGGCUGUGGGAUACAAGUGUCACCCGAAGGAGAGUUGCUGAGAGCAGUACCUGUGCCAGCAAGGCAGGUAACCUCUUGUACCUUCGGCGGCCCUAACCUGGACAUCCUCUACGUGACGACGGCCUGCAUCGACAUAGUACAAGAACAAAAGUUCCCAAGUGGCUGUACAUUCAGAAUAACCGGCCUCGGUGUCAAGGGACACCCGAAUGUUAACUUUAAAUUGUAGUGCAUAAGGUUCAAUUUUGUUAUAACGAAAUCGAUAGAGUACAAGAACAAAAGUUCCCAAGUGGCUGUACAUUCAGAAUAACCGGCCUCGGUGUCAAGGGACACCCGAAUGUUAACUUUAAAUUGUAGUGCAUAAGGUUCAAUUUUGUUAUAACGAAAUCGAUAGAGUACAAGAACAAGUUCCCAAGUGGCUGUACAUUCAGAAUAACCGGCCUCGGUGUCAAGGGACACCUGAAUGUUAACUUUAAAUUGUAGUGCGUAAGGUUCAAUUUUGUUAUAACGAAAUCGAUCGAGUAGAAGUACAGAAGUUCCCAAGUGGCUGUACUGUACAUUUUGAAUAACCGGCCUUGGUGUAGGGCAUCCGAAUAUGAACUUUAAAUUGUAGUGCACAAGGUUCAAUUUUGUUAUAACGAAAUCGAUAGAGUAGAAGAACAGAAGUUAAGUUUAGUGGCUGUACUGUACAUUUUGAAUAACCGGCCUCGGUGUCAAGGGACACCCGAAUGUUAACUUUAAAUUGUAGUGCAUAAGGUUCAAUUUUAUUAUAACGAAAUCGAUAGAGUAGAUAACCAAGUUCCCGAGCGGCAUUGCUUUCAGGAUAAGCGGUCUCGGUGUCAAGGGACAUCCGAAUGUGAACUUUAAAUUGUAGUGGUUAAGGUUUAAUUUUGCUUUAACGAAGUAAGUAAUCAAGCGAGCGCAGUCAAGGUUUGCUUUGCUUUAACGUAAAAGCCCGCCAAGCUCGGCCGAAUUGUAGUUGCAGUAGUAGUUCCGCCCUCAUUUUAAAACUACGUGUUGGAUUGUAAUGAAACUUUGCACAUACAUGAGGUAUAUCUAGGUCUGAAAUUAUUUUAUAUAGCUCCAGUUUAUAAGACAAACGAACUAGAGCAAAAACGAGUUUUGUAUGAAAAACUUAAAUUCGCUUUAUUUUUUAACUAUGGUAUCUGAAAUCCGACCUUCACCACUGGAGGGCUUCGUCACUUUUUCUUUAAUAUAUGACAUCUAUUACAGUUAUGGUAUCUGAAGCUACAUGAACUAAUUACAGACAUAGACAUACCUUGUAAGUACAAAGUUUCAGAGCAAUCUAGCCAGUCGUUUUAAAAUGAGAGCGGAACUACGUUUGUAUGGAGAACCGAGCUUGCCGGAGACCCGUAAGUUCGGGUAAUAAUGGAUUGUUAACCAAGGCAUGAAAUGCACCGAUUUCUUAUGAGGUACAAACAGUAGUUCUUUCCGAUUUAAGCUAGUUGUUAAUUUCGUUUAGUAGUACCACUGUAUUAUACAGGGUGGCUAAAUAAUAAGUGCAUUCCCGUUGCCAGGGAGGUUUUGGGAUUAUACUGAGCAAAUUUUACUAUGGGACCAACCACGAAAUCGCGAAAAAAAAAUUUACGCUCCCAUAGAAAAAAUAAAAUAAAAAUCAUUUAUUUCGGACGAUAAUACAAUCCAUAUUUCGUUAGUUACAAAUAUACUUAAAUUACUAUGUUAGUACCUAAACUAAGAUGUUGGGAGGUCCAGCCAAAAUGGACGAGCCAAAAUGUAUGAAACAGCCAAAUUUUUUUUCGCGAUUUCUGGGUUGGUCCCAUAGUAAAACUUGGCCAGUAUAAUCCCAAAACCUCCCUGGCAACGGAAAUGCACUUAUCUUGUAUGUAAAUAAAUUAUUUUUAUGAUGUAUUAUAAUAUUAAAAUAUUAAUAACGGGUCACUCACGUAGUUUAAGUCGAAAAACGCUCGACAUGUUUCACUCCGUACCGAGGAGUGUCAUCAGGAGUUUGCGUUGACGGUGUCUGUGUCUAACGGAAGUUUUUUGUUAUUAAAAUGAAUUAUAAUACUAUAAUACUGAAGUAUUAAAUGAAAAUGUAUGUUUAAAAUUCUAUUUAAAUUGUAUACUGCUAAUAUAUUUCCCGCA